AUGGACCACAACAUAAGUGUAGCUGGCUUGCCAGCCAGCAACAGAACAACCCUUAACGACACCACGCUGCGAUACACAUGGAGUUUUGUUCCGGGAAUAGAAGCCGUGAUUUUCCCAUGCGUGCUGAUUUUCAACGGCUCCAUUUUAGCGUUAUUCCUCGUUACCCGGCGAUUCCAGAUCCCAUUUAAUAUUUACCUGAUCAAUGUCAUAACCUCCAACAUCGUUUUCGCUCUACUGGAGAAUCCUUUGGACAUCCUUAAUUCCAUUUCUUCGUACUGGUGGCUCGGUAACACUUGGUGUACGGUGUAUCUAUACGCAAUAAAUGUAUCCUGUGGAAUUGUCAUGCAGUCGCACAUGCUGAUGACCACCAAUCGCAUCUGGGCGGUGACCUUCCCCCAUUCUUACCGGCAACACCACUCGGUGCGCAGCGCCGCCCUUUUGGUUAUCGCUGUGUGGCUGUUAGUGCACAUUGUGUCGUUGCCCGGCCUGAUAAUGGACGCCACGCUAUACCGGUUGCCUAUCGCGACAACUGGCUGUAUAAUAAACACAGUGGAGAUGCCGGUGUGGAGCGUUAUGAUGCAACUAAUAAUUUUUACAGUGCCUAAUUUGUGUAUUAUUGUAGCCUAUCCUUAUUUGAUCUCAUGGAUUUAA